AUUACUACAUGUUUAAUUUCUUCUGACUAGCUUUUUCAUUCUCUUUCCUACUCUGCAAAACCUUGUUGUGAUUCGGAUUUUCCGGUAUUAAAGUGUGUGUCCUUAUAUUUUCAACAUAAAGAGAGCAAGCAUUAUUUGAUUUCGUAUUCCACACACACAACACAACUCUCUUAUCUCCUCUCUCUUUGUUUAUUUUUUUCAUCUAACUUCUCUCAUUUUCAAAUCUCUGAAUCUGCAUACACUAUAUAGCCUAUAGAGACACUAAAAUGAAGAAAUUUGUACUGAAAUUAGAUUUAGAAGAUGAUAAGGCAAAGCAGAAGGCCUUGAAGACAGUUUCAACACUUUCAGGAAUUGAUGCAAUCACCAUGGACAUGAAGGAGAAGAAAUUAACCGUGGUAGGAACGGUAGAUCCAGUAAAAAUCGUGAGCAAACUUCGAAAAUAUUGGCAAGCCGAUUUAAUCUCAGUAGGACCAGCAAAGGAGCCAGAGAAGAAAGAAGAGGCAAAGAAAGAAGAACCAAAGAAGGAAGAAGAGAAGAAAGAAGGGGAAAAGAAAGAAGAAGCAAAGAAAGAAGAAGAGAAGAAGGAAGAACCAAAGAAAGAAGAAGAGAAAAAGGAAGAGAAGAAAGAAGAAGAGAAAAAAGAAGAAGAGAAAAAGAAAGAGCCAACACCUGACCCUGUUUUAGAAAUGGUUAAAGCUUAUAGGGCAUAUAAUCCUCACAUGACUACAUAUUAUUAUGUUCAAAGUAUGGAAGAAAAUCCAAAUGCUUGUGUGAUUUGUUAAAUGGAAAGUUUGGGAAACUGUUGGGCAUAAAUUUGGUCCUGAGAUUUACUAGUUGAUCUCUCGAAUUUAAAUACUUAAACUAGCGGUUGUUUACCAAAUUCCUACGUAAACAGAAACAUGAGAGAAAGUUAUGUGUAAAACUCUCCCAACUUGUAAUGGAAUCAAUUUAUCUUUGAUGAAUUAUAUAUAUAUAGGAGAUCAUCACCAAGAAGAGAGAAACUCUCCUAGUUUGUAUAUAAUUUGGUGAUGCCACUCCUUAAGUUGUUUUGAGCUAUUAGUAAUGUGUAGAGAAAAAGGAAUAAAAUUUUGGGAUAUUUGUUUUUGCUUUCAAA